CUUCAGGUGCAGCAGAAUUCCCCAGCCCCCCAAGGAUUUGAGACCCAUCACCUUUCCCCACCUGGUUUAGCCGGCCGGUUGAAGCCGUUGCUUGAACCCCUGUUGCAUGCUGACAGCUUCUGGAAGCCACAGGAUUUCCUUUUUGCCCACUCUGAAAAAGGUGAUGGAGAAGACAGAAUUGCAUGGGACAGGGCACCUUUCGUUUCAUUAGGAAUAGCCAUUAAAAUGUGUGAAAUGUGGAAUCUGCUUCACUGAAUGAGCACACAGUUCACAUCAAGGAACACAAAAGAGGAAAGAACCCACUUAAAGGUAUGGAGUGCAGAAAGAGCUUCUGUUUGAAUGCAAAACUUAGAACACACCAGCGGACUCACACAGAGAGAAAACGAUUUACGUGCAGGGAGUGUGGGAAGAACUUCAGUCAGAGUGGAAACCUUAAAUUGCACGAAUGGACUCACACAGGGGAGAAAACAUUUGAAUGCCUGGAGUGUGGAAAGAGAUUCAGUCAGAUGUUGUCAGUUAGACAACAUCAACGGACUCACACAGGUGAGAAACCGUUUCAGUGUAUGGAGUGUGAAAAGAGUUUUAGUGAUAGUGGAAGCCUUAGAAGACAUCAACAGACUCACACAGGGGUGAAACCAUAUAAAUGUAUAGAAUGUGGAAAGAGCUUCAGUCAGAAUGCAGACCUUAAAAAACAUCAACGGAUUCACACAGGGGAGAAACCAUUUAAAUGCAUGGAGUGUGGAAAGAGCUUCAGUCAGAGUGGAUACCUUAGGUCACAUCAACGGACUCACACAGGGGAGAAACCAUAUGAAUGUAUGGAGUGUGGAAAGAGCUUUAAUGAUAGUGGAAGCCUUAGAAGACAUCAACGGACUCACACAGGGGAGAAACCAUUUAAAUGUAUGGAGUGUGGAAAGAGUUUUAGUGAUAGUGGAAGCCUUAGAUCACAUCAACGGACUCACACAGGGGAGAAACCAUAUGAAUGUAUGGAGUGUGGAAAGAGCUUCAGUCAGAGUGCAAACCUUAGAUCACAUCAACGGAGUCACACAGGGGAGAAACCAUUUAAAUGCAUGGAGUGUGGAAAGAGUUUUAGUGAUAGUGGAAGCCUUAGAUCACAUCAACGGGCUCACACAGGGGAGAAACCAUAUGAAUGUAUGGAGUGUGGAAAGAGCUUUAAUGAUAGUGGAAGCCUUAGAAGACAUCAACGGACUCACACAGGGGAGAAACCAUAUGAAUGUAUGGAGUGUGGAAAGAGCUUCAGUCAGAGUGGAACACUUAAAAAACAUCAACAGACUCACACAGGGGAGAAACCACAUAAAUGUAUAGAGUGUGGAAAGAGUUUCCGUUGUAAUACAAGCCUUAGAUCACAUCAACGGACUCAUACAGGAGAGAAAGCAUUUACAUGUGUGGAGUGUGGAAAGAGCUUCAGUUAUAGUGGAAACCUGAGAAUACAUCAACAGACUCACAUAGGUAAGAAACUAUUUAAAUGUAUGGAGUGUGGAAAGAGCUUUAGUGGAAAUCUUAGAAGACAUCAACGGACUCACACAGGGGAGAAACCAUUUAAAUGCAUGGAGUGUGGAAAGAGCUUCAGUCAGAAUGCAGACCUUAAAAAACAUCAACGGAUUCACACAGGGGAGAAACCAUUUAAAUGCAUGGAGUGUGGAAAGAGUUUUAGUGAUAGUGGAAGCCUUAGAUCACAUCAACGGACUCACACAGGGGAGAAACCAUAUGAAUGUAUGGAGUGUGGAAAGAGCUUCAGUCAGAGUGGAGAACUUAGAUCACAUCAACGGACUCACACAGGGGAGAAACCAUAUGAAUGUAUGGAGUGUGGAAAGAGCUUCAGUCAGAGUGCACACCUUAGAUCACAUCAACGGAGUCACACAGGGGAGAAACCAUUUAAAUGCAUGGAGUGUGGAAAGACCUUUGGUGAUAAUGGAAAACUUAGAACACAUCAACGGAUUCACACAGGGGAGAAACCAUUUAAAUGUAUGGAGUGUGGAAAGAGUUUUAGUGAUAGUGGAAGCCUUAGAUCACAUCAACGGACUCACACAGGGGAGAAACCAUAUGAAUGUAUGGAGUGUGGAAAGAGCUUCAGUCAGAGUGGAACACUUAAAAAACAUCAACAGACUCACACAGGGGAGAAACCAUUUAAAUGCAUGGAGUGUGGAAAGACCUUUGGUGAUAAUGGAAAACUUAGAACACAUCAACGGACACACACAGGGGAGAAACCAUUUCAAUGUAUGGAGUGUGAAAAAAGUUUUAGUAAUAGUGGAUGUUUUAGGAAACAUCAACAGACUCACACAGGGGAGAAAGCAUUUUAAUGUAUGGAGUACAGUAAAUACUUCACUCAGAGUGGAAAUCUUAGAAAACAUCAGCAGAUACACAGGGGAGAAACCAUUUAAGGUAUGGACUGUAGAAGGAGCUUCAGUCAGAGUGGAACCCUUGAUUUUUGU